AAAAAGAGUAAAAAUUCUGAUAGAAUUAAAAUAUAUCUUAAUAUUUCCAGAUUUCUUUCUUGCAAUUCUUCAGAAAAUAGCGUUUGGAGCUCUUCUUCUGCGUUUUCGUUUCUUGCCCUUUCUAGUUUUCGCUAUCAGCUUUUUUUCUUUUUAUGAAAUUAUUGUCAGCCAGAAACCCAAGUCACUGAGGCUUGUUUGGACUUCGGUCUUUCAAGUCUCAGUAGUGCAGGAGCGGAAAAUCUUAUCCUUUGAAGCUUCAAGAUUCUGUUAGAUUGCUGUGUAAAUUUGAGCUGCGAUGUCGGGAUCGGAGACAGGGGUGAUGACAAGCACUAGGGAUCCCUUCGCCGUGAGUCUCCAGAAAGGUCAGGUAACGCCACAGCCAGUCAUACAGAACAUGCGUUUAGCCUUCGGUGCUGAUGGGACAGCCGUAUACAAACCCGUGUCCACAGCUACCUCUCCUACGUACCAACCUCCUUCCUCAUCUGGUGCCGCCGGCGGUGGUGGUGGUAUGGAAGGAUCACCCGGCGGAGCUGCAGUGUCACCCCAUGGGAUUAACGUCAACAUGAACAUGGGGAGCGUGUCUGAGACAUUGAAGAAGAAGCGAGGGAGGCCGAGGAAGUACGGGCCUGAUGGUACUAUGGCUUUGGCUCUUGUACCUGCAUCUCAGUCUGUAACCCAGACAAGUGGAGGCGGUUUCUCUUCUCCUCAUCCUUCUGCGGGUGCUGCUGUUACUAGUCCUCUUCCUCCGGGCGGAUCAGUCUCGCCAACUGGGUCCAAGAAAGCGAGAGGCAGACCCCCUGGUUCUAGCAAGAAGCAGCAACUGGAAGCGCUGGGAUCAGCUGGGGUUGGAUUUACACCACAUGUUAUCACUGUGAAAGCUGGAGAGGAUGUAUCAUCCAAAAUAAUGUCAUUUUCUCAUAAUGGUCCAAGGGCGGUUUGUAUACUGUCAGCAAAUGGUGCCAUAUCCAAUGUGACUCUUCGCCAACAGGCCACAUCUGGUGGAACUGUCACUUAUGAGGGGCGAUUUGAAAUUUUGUCACUGUCUGGCUCAUUUCUGCCAUCAGAAAAUGGGGGUCAAAGGAGCAGAACUGGGGGAUUAAGUGUGUCUUUAUCUGGGCCAGAUGGUCGUGUGCUAGGUGGUGGUGUAGCGGGUCUUCUAACAGCUGCAUCUCCUGUUCAGGUAGUUGUGGCAAGUUUCAUUUCAGAUGGUCGCAAGGAAUCAAAGUCAGCAAAUCAAAUCGAACCCUUAUCUGCAAUGAUGAAAUUUGCCCCAGCACUAGGGACAACUGGACCAAGCAGCCCACAAUCACGUGGGACUCUUAGUGAAUCCUCAGGUGGGCCUGGUAGUCCACUUAACCAGAGUACUGGAGCCUGCAAUAACAGCAACCCCCAGGGCAUUUCAAGCAUGCCAUGGAAGUGAAUCUUUCUGUGAUUCAGGUCUGACUAAUCUGUGUUGUUGUAGCUGUGCGAUCUGAUGUUGUGUUAUACUGUAGGUCUGAAAGAGUAUCUUUUGUAAUUUAAGCCUUCUGUAAGCUAGUUAAAUAAAAAUACUGAAUGCUUUCCAGCUUGGAACUGUUGGUUGCUGGAAGGCGUCAACUAGGUAGUAAGACAUCUCUUUGCAAGGUUGUGAAGCUAGAGGAAUUCUCAUGCUUAGGUCUUAGAAUGAGAUGAAGGGCUUGACAUUUUUCGGCUUAUUUGUUUGUGUUCUUAUUGCUCCCUAUAAUAACCCAUCCAUAUUUAUCUAGCA